UAUAUAUUUAUAUUAUACCGAUUAUACCUAUGAUAGUAGCAGUGCACGUUUUGUUUCUCUCUUAUAUUAGAAUAAAUAAUUCGUCAAUUUAUUGUUAUAGAAAUAUGAAGCUUCUGACACAUAAUAUGUUAACGUCUAGAGCUAUGAAAGGCGUGACAGAUGGCUAUCCUCUAAAAAUUGUUGCCCGAGACAUUAGAGUGUCCGAAGUAGAUUUUAAUCCAGAAUAUAUUGCUAGAAUUAUUCCAAAACUGGACUGGGCUGUUCUGUGGAAAGCUGCAGAGAGUAUAGGGCAUGUCGGUGAAUUACCUCAGAUUUUAAUAGAGGACUUCGAAACAAAUGAAGACUUUUUGAAAAAGGCUCAUCAUGUUCUGUUGGAGAUCGAAGUUAUAAAUGGAGAUUUAUUGUGUCCGGAAUCGGGUAGAAAAUUUCCUAUUAAUGACGGCAUUCCAAACAUGCUUUUGAAUGAAGACGAAAUUUAAACAGAACUAAAUAUUCUAAAAAUAUAUUAUCAUUAUGUCUUUAGUUAUAACUAUACCUAACAUACAUUAUUGUUCCUUUAAUUAUAUUUAGUUACUUCUUUAUCAUGUAUUAUCAUUAAUUUUAUCUUUUUAUAUUGACACAAACAUUCAGUAGUUUAAUAAGGAUAAACAAAGCAAUUUAUUUGAAGUGUAUUAUAAAUAGAACGUCAAGUUUGUAUGUGUGUGCCUACGCGUAUGUGUGAAAAUGGUGACAUGCUUUCAUCAAAUAAUUUGGAAAUAUGUUUAGUUGGAAAAGAAAUAUAUGAAGUAUAACGUUUUACGAUUAAAAAAUUUAUCUUACCAUGAAUACGAGGUGUGGCAGAAAAGUAAUGAGACUGAUUUUUUUGCAACAAUUUUAUUUUAUUUUUGUAUAUCAGUGUUAUCCCUCUCAAAGUAGUUCCCUUGGGCAGCUGUACAUCAGCGGAGGCGUUGUUUCCAGUCUUUUUGAUAACCAAAAACCACUUAAAAGGACGUCAUCUUGGUACUAUCGAUAACAUCUAAAGGAGCGUAACCGAGGAGCUGAAGGUGAUUCCAGUUGAGAUCUUCCAACAGUGCUACGAAGACUGUGAACAAGUCGGCCUCCGCCGAUGUAUAGCUGCCCAAGGGAACUACUUUGAGAGGGAUAACAUUAAUAUAUAAAAAUAAAAUAAAAUUGUUACAAACAAAUCAGUCUCAUUACUUUUCUGCCACACCUCGUAUGAAUUUUUUAAAUUAUUUCUUAUAUAUCCUUAGACGUGUUUAGAGAUAUAUUAUUAAACAAUGUGUUAAAUGAAGCUAAACAGACGUUAUUUGAAGAAAAAGUACAAAAUAAACUUACACAAAAUUUAUGUAGAGUAAUGCUGGAGUUACAAAAAAAAAAAAAAAAAAUACAAUUGCAUUAUAAAAAAAUAAUUAUGCCUACAUUAAAUAUUUUGUUCAUAGCACUUCAUGCAUUCUUAAAUUUCAAAUAAAGAAAAAAAACAACCGUUUUGACAAUUUGUUACGUCAAAGAAAUUUUUUUUAUCCGUCUACUAUAUAUGUAAAUUCGUAAAUUAAUAAUUCUUAAUAUAUACAGAAUGACAAAAAUGUUCAGCCACAAAGUUGCAUUCCUGAAGCGCCUUAAAUCUUUUAUUCAAGCUAAAUUGUACGUAGUCAUUUUGAAUGUUAUUUUCUGUUUUUACUAAGAUGUAAUAUUUUAAAACUUAUUUUUUAUAUAAGUUACUAAUAACGUAAUAACUAUGUAUAAUAAUAACUAUAAAACUUUGUGGCCAAACUUUUGUCUGUAUAAUGUAGGUGACUUAAUUAAAUUAUAAAUUACCGAAUGUAUAAUGAUUACAGAUACUUUAUUGCACAGAUAUGUCUAAAGACAAUGAGAUAUAAUUUCUCGUAUCAUUCGCAAUACUUAACAUACAACAUUUCUUUUAUUUACAUCACAUUCAUAUUGCUACUUAGAUAAUUUGCUCGAGUAUCAUUCUACGCGAGUAUUAUCUACUCGUUCUCACUGAAGUGAGUUAGCAAUGUAACAUUUUGAUACAAUUGUUUUACUACAGCGCUAUACAGCAUAGCAAAUUCUUGUAGCAAUAUUAUAAUGAAAUACAUUAAAUUAUAAGUGAAAUAGAAUAUAUCCUAGUAUAUAUUCAUCUUGGAUAUAAGAUAAUACUGAUUGAUAUAAUACGAAAAAUAUGUCUUUUGACAAAAUAUUUAUAUAUGCGCAACACAUGUAAGUUACCUUAGACUUAAGUUAAAACCAACAGGUAAAGUUAUUUGUAUAUCCAUUGUGUAUAAGGAAUAUAAUAAUUUCUUAAUUUAAUAGAUGAACAUACUUUUGGAGAUUAAUUUUCUAAGAUGCAUAUAGUAGCAUAAAAUGACUAUCUUUUGCACAAAAAAUCCUCUAUAAUAUCCUAAAUUGUAAUUAUCUGAAAUAAGUGUUAUAAUUGUGUAUAAUCUCUGUUAUUCGAUAAAAAUUGUUCAUCAAUUUAAAUACUAUACAAUUAAAAAUGCUAUUAUUGUUAUUCUUCUUUUAGAAUAGAAUGCAUACUUCAAUAUACAAAUUUGACAUCGUUAAAUAAUACUUUUUCCAUGGAGUAACAUAUAUAAUAUAAACAAAUACACUUUAAGUAGUACUUUUAAUUGAAAUGGCUUUAAUUUAACGGCUAAUAUUAUCAAAGGACAUGCGAUGUUAUCUAUUUGUAGUUUUCUGUACAUAUUAGUUUUCUGUACCAAUGGCAAUGCUCAAAAUAUAGCAAAAUAUAUUACUUUA